AUGUAUCUUUUACAUGGCUUUAAGGCGAUUUAUACAGGUGUUGGUGGGUGCAUUUUGGAGAAAUUUUUAAGAUUGUCUUGUGGUUUUGUAAUUUUUGAGGUUUUGAAUCGUCACUACCAGGAAAUUGGAGGAAAUAUUGAUGAUCUGAAAGAUUUAAAUAAUUUGGACAAUUAUCAACUUUUUCUAAUUAAAUUACGAACAGGAAUACGUGAAACUAUUCAAGUAGUUUUAUGUUCGGUUAUUUCUCGUCCAUUUACUGUUGUAGCAAUUCGUCAAAUAGCUCAACUUAUUGGAAACGAAACAAAAUAUUUGCCUAUAAAUCCUUUCCAACCUUUAUUACUUAUUGGUGCAGAAGAGGGCCCUCCUGGACUUUUUUCUGGAUUAAUGCCUUUAAUUGUUAAUGGACUAAUUUCUGUUUGGGGAACAACUAUUUGUAUUUAUCUAGUAGACAUUGUAUACAAUAAAAUGGUAAUAAAAUUAAAUAUGAAGGUAGAAGAAGAUUGGGAAAAUCUUCAUCCAUAUGAGAAACAACAGUUAGCUGAACACUUACAGCUUUGUGUACUUUUACGCUAUAACGUGUGUAAUUUAAUUGUCCCUUCUCUGGUUGGUUUUGUGCAAUAUCCUUUUAAAUUAUGUUCUAAUUUGAUGGCUGCUGCUGGUUCUGGUUUACUAGCCUCUCUUUUGCCUUAUUCACCAACUUUCAAUAAUUGGUUUGAUACUUACAAUUAUUUGGCACAAAAUUGUGAACUUUAUAGAGGCGUCAUGCCUUAUCUACGUAGAGAGAAGGGAUCAAUCCAAGUUGGUCCAGAUAAUAAAUUGUAUGGAAGUAAAAAACAUUUUAUUUAA